UCUGAGGAUCUGUCUGUUGCAUGGCCUUGUGAUGAAUUAGGAUCAGUGGUAAAGGAGGUUGUGGGAGCUCCUCGCAUCUUGGUGCAAACUCUCUUGGACCAAGUGAUGAGAGGGUCCCACCACACAAGCCAUGCCUUCUUCUCAUUUGCAUCUCUGAAUUACUCACUGUCUCCUUUGGAUUAUAACUAAUGCUAAAGGACCUUUUUUUUUUUUUUUUUUUUUAAUUUUUUUUUUUUUUUUUUUAAAGAAAAAGAAUCUGUUCAAGCUGCUUUUGUAGUGUGGUGUUAUUUAUCUUCUCAUCUGUUGGAAUAAUGCAUUCUUGCUGGAGUCGGAACUUUUGGAUUGCUGUGGUACUUGGUGCUUUGCUGGUUGUUUUUACUGCUGGGAAUGCAGGACCAAACCAGGACCGACGGCAGGCUGGGUCGUCCUCAUGCUUUGGAGGAUUUGAUCUCUACUUUGUUUUGGACAAAUCGGGGAGUGUGCAGAAUCACUGGACUGAAAUCUACAACUUUGUUGAACAUCUAGCUCAUAAAUUCAUAAGCCCACAGUUGCGGAUGUCCUUCAUUGUUUUCUCCACUGAGGGAAGAAUCUUAAUGAGCCUGACAGAAGACAGGGAACGUAUUCGCAAAGGCCUGGAGGAGCUGCAGAUGGUUCAUCCAGGAGGAGACACCUUCAUGCAUGAGGGCAUCCUGCGGGCCAGUGAGCAGAUAUACUACGGAAACACUGAAGGUUAUCGCACUGCCAGUGUCAUCAUAGCACUCACAGAUGGAGAGCUGCACGAGGAUCUAUUUUACUACGCUGAGAGAGAGGCCAACCGCUCCCGGAGUCUGGGUGCCUCAGUUUACUGUGUGGGGGUGAAGGACUUCAAUGAAACACAGCUGGCAAAGAUCGCAGACAGUAAGGACCACGUCUUCCCUGUCAAUGAUGGAUUUGAGGCUUUGCAAACUGUUAUUGAUUCUAUCCUGAAGAAGUCCUGUAUUGAAAUCCUUGCUGCAGAGCCCUCCAGUAUCUGUGCAGGAGAGUCCUUUCAGGUGGUGGUGAGAGGAAAUGGAUUCCUUCAUGCCCGCAAUGUUGAUAAAGUCCUGUGCAGCUUCCGCAUCAACGACACCGUUACUAAGAUGGUGAAGCCUUUGAUAGUGGAGGAUACAUACCUACUUUGUCCUGCACCAGUGCUUCAAGAUGAGGGAAUGGCAGCAAAUCUUUAUGUCAGUAUGAAUGAAGGGCUCAGUUUCAUCUCCAGUUCGGUUACUAUCACCACUGUGGGCUGCUCUGAUGGGACCAUUCUGGCCAUAGCUCUGCUCAUCUUGAUGCUGCUGCUGAUCUUGGCCCUCCUCUGGUGGUUCUGGCCCCUCUGCUGCACUGUGAUCAUCCACGAGCCCCCACCGCCACCUGUGGAGGAGAGUUCGGAUGAUGAAGACUUUGAAGCCCCUAAGAAGAAAUGGCCGACAGUUGAUGCUUCUUAUUAUGGAGGAAGAGGAGUUGGGGGAAUCAAAAGGAUGGAGGUUCGCUGGGGUGAGAAAGGCUCCACUGAGGAGGGAGCAAAGCUGGAAAAGGCCAAAAACGCCAAAGUAAAGAUGCCAGAGCAGGAGUAUGUGUUUGCCCCCACACGAGUUCUCAACAAUGGCAUGCAUAAACCCCCCGGGCCACGCAAGUGGUACUCACCCAUCAAGAGCAAAUUGGAUGCAUUGUGGGUACUUUUAAGGAAAGGAUACGAUCGCGUGUCUGUAAUGAGACCUCAUCCAGGAGACAAGGGCAGAUGCAUGAACUUCACCCGCAUCAAGUCUCCGCCUCCUCGCUACCCCAACUACAACCACCAUCCCUCACCCAUCUACAACCCCCCCAGUAAGAGUCCUCCUGCUCCACAGGGCACUCUUCCUCCGACUCCCAGCAGCUCCCCAUCCACCCUGUCGUUCUCCUCCACCCUUCCACCUCUUCCUCCCACUCCUCCCCCCACCUCCAGUAGCCCCUCCCCUCCUGUUACACCUCCCCCUUACACCCCACCUCCCACUCGUGCUCUUCCACCGACCACCCUACUUAUACCUGCACCACCCACAACCCCACCACCCCCAGCUUCUCCGACCAGCCCCUUGCCCCCUCCACCCCAGGGACCCCCUCCCGGACGAGCCCCUCCCCCUGCACGCCCUCCGCCUCGUCCUGGCCAGUAGAAAUCUGUCAGCAGACGGGAGAGAGCCGCGCAGGGUUGAAAAAGGUUAAAACAAUGAUCAGCGCAUGACCAUCCUUGAUUGAACUUACAAGCGAGGACAUGUGAGUGCCUCGUCCACAGUGGGCUGUAGCCUGACUAAAUGAAGUGGAUCAGCGAGGACCUGAUUUUCAGCUAUUUGUCUACAUUGACUUUUGUAUGCAUCUAGCCCAACAGUGCAAUUGCUCUGAUGCUUGAAUUUCACAGACAUUCCCUAUAGAUGUGGUCAUGUAGGCCAGUACAAAAACAUAUUUCGUCAUUGUCCUGGAGCUGCUUCAGGCCCCACUGUCCUCCUCAUGACCACACAAGUCUGGAUAAAACCUGAAUGAAUCCUGACCACGUAGAGGAACAGCGACUUGGAUCUGUUUAAAGCCCCCAAUACGGAGGAUAGUUAUCACCGUGAGAAAAUGAUCAAAAAUUAUUCUAAUGCUGAAGGUUUCUAUCUAUCCUGUUAAGAAAUUUU